AUGUCCGCCUUGCUGAGUCAUUUGGCCAUCAUUGAGCAAGCAAAUCCCAUCGUCGCUUCUGCUCGAGGCUUGGAAAAGAACACCACCAAAUUGUUUGAUCUUUCAUCAAUUUCUAAUCCUUCCGAGAGUGAGAUCAAUAAACAAAAUAUUGGAAGAAUAGUAGGUCGAUUAUUUGAGUAUGGUACUUUUGAACCUGUGGAUCAUAGUUCGGGACAAAUCAGCGAUCCAACCCUUUGUAAAAUUAUUGAAUUGUGUAAGCAGGCCAGUUCGGAAAUUGGAUCUCGCUCUCUCAAAAUAUUCCGUUAUGAUGAAGGAAUGAAUACAUGGGGAGGUGGAUUUGCGGAUGGUUUUUAUUUUGUUGGUGUGGAUGGAGUGUUUUUGAUGGAAUUCAAUAGCUAUGGCACGUUUUAA